GCAGCAGCAGCAGCCUCCCUCUCCCUCCCUCGUUCACUCCCUCCCUCCCUCUCCCUCGCUCUCUCACUCUCUCUCUCUUUUUUUCCCUCUUCCUCAGACACUCACUAGUCACUGCCUGAAGCAGUAAUCGGACAACUCUCUUUCUCACUAGGACUGGGUCUCCUGAGAUAGCGCGUGGGGCUCCAUGGGUUCCAACACCUAAAAUGAAAAAGAAAAAAGUAGUCUUGUAGUUUACAUUUAUUGUGCUACUGAUUCUACCAACACCUGAAGAGCUCUUUUAGAAAGUUUGCUGUCCGUUCUGCUGGACUGAUAACCUUCCUGUAGAUGUUUUUUUUUUUUAAAGAAGAUCUAAGAAGGGAUAAACACACAGGGAUUCAACCAUAAUUGUAGUCUAUGGAAAUGCAGGAUCUAGCCAGUCCUCACAGCCGAGUAAGUGGAAGCAGUGAAUCUCCUAAUGGUCCCAACCUCGACAACUCCCACAUCAAUAACAAUUCCAUGACACCCAAUGGCACUGAAGGUGAUAGCAUCACAAUGCUUACCACUGCAGACUGGUUGUUAGGUUCUAACUCACAGUCCUCUGCAGUUAAAAGUGAGCCAAUGAGCAGCAGCGAAAUCGCCACCUCGAUAGCAGACACCUCUCUAGACAGCUUCUCAGGAUCAGCUAUUGGAACCAGUGGCUUCAGCCCAAGACAAACUCACCAGUUCUCUCCGCAGAUUUACCCUUCCAAAACAUAUCCGCAUAUUCUUCCUACCCCUUCAUCCCAAAAUAUGGCUGCAUAUGGGCAGACGCAGUACACCACAGGAAUGCAGCAGGCCACAGCUUAUGCUAGCUACCCCCAGCCUGGCCAGCCGUACGGCAUCCCGGCCUAUGGUCCAUUGUGGGCAGGCAUAAAGACAGAGGGGGGUCUGAGCCAGUCCCAGUCCCCGGGACAGACGGGCUUCCUGGGCUACAGCUCCGGCUUCACCACACCGCAGACGGGACAGGCUCCCUACAGUUACCAGAUGCAGGGUGGCACUUUCACAACAACUUCAGGAUUGUACACAGGAAACAACUCCCUGACAAACUCGACCGGCUUCAACAGCACACAGCAGGACUACCCCAGUUAUCCAUCCUUUGGCCAGGGGCAGUAUGCUCAGUAUUACAACAGCUCACCCUACACUUCACCCUACAUGACAAGUAACAACACCAGCCCCAGCACGCCCUCCACCACUACCACCUACACUCUCCAGGAGCCACCCACUGGCAUCACCAGCCAGGCGGUCACAGAGAACCCCGCAGAGUACAGUACCAUCCACAGUCCAUCAACCCCCAUUAAAGAUUCAGAUUCAGAUCGAUUGCGCCGAGCCUCGGAUGGAAAGUCACGUGGCCGGGGAAGAAGGAACAACAACCCAUCACCGCCGCCUGACUCUGACCUUGAGCGAGUGUUCAUCUGGGACCUGGAUGAAACAAUCAUCGUUUUCCAUUCCUUGCUCACGGGUUCCUAUGCCAACAGAUAUGGACGGGAUCCGCCGACCUCUGUGUCAUUAGGCUUGAGGAUGGAGGAAAUGAUCUUCAACCUGGCAGACACACACUUAUUCUUCAACGACUUAGAGGAAUGUGACCAGGUACAUAUCGAUGAUGUGUCCUCUGAUGACAACGGCCAGGAUUUGAGUACUUAUAACUUCGGCGCUGACGGUUUCCACGCAGCAGCGACCAGUGCCAAUCUAUGUCUGGCCACAGGCGUGCGGGGAGGCGUGGACUGGAUGAGAAAACUUGCCUUCCGCUACAGACGAGUAAAAGAAAUCUACACCACCUACAAAAAUAACGUCGGAGGUCUGCUGGGCCCAGCCAAAAGGGAAGCCUGGUUGCAAUUGCGAGCAGAAAUUGAAGCCUUGACGGACUCCUGGUUAACACUGGCACUGAAAGCACUAACAUUAAUCCACUCAAGGUCAAACUGUGUAAAUAUCCUGGUGACCACCACGCAGCUCAUCCCUGCCCUGGCUAAGGUCCUGCUCUACGGCCUGGGAAUAGUCUUUCCUAUCGAGAAUAUUUAUAGUGCAACCAAAAUAGGGAAGGAGAGCUGCUUUGAGAGAGUAAUUCAAAGAUUCGGGAGGAAAGUUGUUUACAUUGUGGUCGGCGAUGGUGUGGAAGAGGAGCAAGGCUCGAAAAAGCACAACAUGCCCUUCUGGAGGAUCUCCAGCCAUUCAGACCUCAUGGCCCUCCACCACGCUCUAGACCUGGAUUACUUGUAGCACUGCACCACCACCAUCCACUAGACUCCGCCUCAGCACACCCUGCAGCCUUCCACCUUUGCCCUCCAGCCCUGUCCCAAGCUUACUGUAGACCCUGCAGCUCAGAAAAACCCGUCUACACCCCCCCCACACACCCCCCUCAGUGCUGCCUGGCAUCUGUCUUGCCCUCCACAGGAAGAAAGGAAGAGGAGGAUGGGGGUUUAAAAAAAAAAAAAAGAGGCUGAGCACACGGUUAAUGUGCUGACAUACGGUCACACUUUGUCUUAACCUGAAACUUUUUUUUUUCUUUUUUUUUUUUUAAAUCUUGAAGCGAAGGAGAGAGGUGAAUUUACGGCUCUGCAGCUGCUUGCCCUGGUUACUGUGAAUCGGCCGCUUUCUGAAGCUGUCAAAGUGUUUUACGGCCUCCUGUUUGUGCCGGGACUCUGUCAGGGUUCACACCUGUGAGGGGAGCAGAGCUACUGACGGCCUCGCCCCGCCACAGAACUCAGCCGACUACUGGUGGUGACAUUUCUCCGUCCUUCUGGCUCCCUCCUUUUCCCCCUGUACCCUUUUUCUUAUUUGUCUGCCUCCUCGCUCUCUUCUGUCAUAUGACAGACACACAAAGGAACUGUCGGCCCGGGAGUCCUGUGCUUCUUAUUUAUGAACGGAGACUUUGUGGGUGGCACCGUUCUACCAAAAAGGUACCUCGACGACAAAAAGACUUGUGCCUUUAACAAAGUACUAUUCGUUUCCACCACAGUGAGAGGAAGACGUUGAUGGAAGAAACAAGAAAAAAGGGGUUUUCUACUAAUUUAAGAAAAAAACUAAAAUCUUUAUUUACAUUGCUGAGACAAUCGUGUAUAGAGGAAAUCUUUUUUUUUUUUGUGUGUGUAAGUUUGUAAUCACUGGACUAUUCCUUCCUAUAUUCAUUUAGGUACGUGCUCUUGAAAGGUGGCAACGCUUUUCAUUGAAAGUUUAAAAAAAAAAUAAAAAAAAGGCAUCCUCUCGCAACAUUAGCUUGUGCGAGGCCUGAAAGUGUUGAAGUGUUCAAGUUUUGUUCAGUAAACAAAUAUGUAGAUAAUGGGAUUUUGUGAUAAAUUGUUUUGUCAAGACCAAAAGCAUGGAUGUCAAGUGUCAAUGCGCUCUCAUCUGAUUCUGUGAUGUUUCUCGUCCUGAGGAAACUUCUCUUCAACAGCUCUUCUCUUCUGCAAGCCCUUUUUUAGACUCAUGUUCUAAAGGGGCAAAAUGUUUUCUUUUCUUCUUUUUGUCAUUCAGAAUGGUAGCUCACAUCUUGUGUCCUCACAGCAUUUCACCAGCUUGCAGCACCGACCCCGUCAAUUUGGAAGCAAACUUAAUUCUGAGAAGGGUUUCACUUAUGGUGUGGAAGUGUAUACUUGACAUGUCUGGCCUCCUGGGAGCCACUUUAACAACAAAUUUGAAUAAAUCUGAGGUUUUAAAAAAAAAAAGCAGGCUUGAAUAGGUUUUAUUAUCUUUUAUACAAGCGCUUUAACGACUCUUGUACAGCGAGCAACAUUUUCUAUGAUGUAGUGUUUUUAUUUGAAAAUAUAUCUUGUCCUUCUUUGAAAUAGCUGAAACACAUGACGCCCUUUUGUUUUUAUAAUGUAUCUACAUCUGUGGAUGGGGAAACUGUAAUGAACAUUGAGAGAAAAGCCACUAUACCUUCACAGGGUUUGUGAACAUACAGGACAUGUGCUAUCGACUGUGAAUUUCUUAAACGGAAACCGAUCCGUCGUGUUUCUCAUUUUUUCCCUCCUUUGCACAUGAUCACUGUCGGCCUUUACAUUUCAAUUUGGAAUCCCUUCCUAUUCCCACCCACCAAACAACCUCCUCCUCCUCCUCCAUCUUUUCAUACGACUUCUUCCCCUGUACUCGGGGGGGGGGGGGUAUCUACAUAUUGCUGCUAGAUCAAGGUAAAUAGGGGAAAUGUUUUAUAGAUUCAUACAGCACGCUUUUUUUUAUUAUGUUGCAAUCAUAAAUGCAAACUGGAAAUACUUUACACUACACGGGCCUCAUUGUGAAACGCAAAAGAUUGUUGUGUCUGCAAAAUAUGUGUACAGAUGUUUUUGACAUUAUUAUUUGAUUGUGUUUAAAUUAAUAAAACUGAUUUGUGAACUGUUA